AUGGCGGGAACUGCAAAGUUGCCUGGAAAGAUGUCUGCGCCCCAAAAAAAACUUGGGGGGCUCGGCAUUCUCUCCAUCCAAUCGCAAAAUUCUGCCCUCCUAACAAAAUUCCUUACCAAAAUCCAUUCUGACACCUCCGCCCCCUGGGCUGUUUGGUUCCGCCGUCGUUACGGCUGGAACGGCUCCAGGGACCUCGGGGACACGCACCGCCUCGACACCCAUGUCUGGAAGGACAUUGUCGCUGGUCUCAAGGUUUUCCGUUCAGUCACUAAGGUCUCUGUAGGAAAUGGCCCCUCGACUGCCUUCUGGGCCGACCAUUGGACUGGCGACGCCACCCUUCAGGACCGCUUCCCUGUCCUCUUCUCCCACUCCACUCGCACAAACAUUAACGUUGCCGCCGCUCUGACGUCCGAUUUCCGCGGCACCCUUGGACUGCGCCUCUCGCUUGCUGCGGAGACCGACCUUCGUACCCUUGCAAACGAGCUCACCUCUGUGGUCUUGCAUCACGACUCCCCGGAUGACCGCUGUGACCGCCUCACUAACAAAAAGCUCUCGAACAAAAGUAUCUAUGUCAAUUCUUUCAGGCAUUUGCGGAUAGACGCGGUUGCUGAAAAGGUUUGGAGGAGUGCUGCCCCUCUGAAGUGCAAAGUUUUUGGCUGGAUUUCCCUGAAGAAGCGUCUCCUGACCAAUGAACGCCGGUUUCGCCAUCGUCUCAGUACCACCGCUACCUGCCUCUCCUGCCCCCAAGAUGAAGACACAGACCACAUGCUGCUGCUCUGCCCCCGUGCCUGGGAAGUCUGGACCUUCUUCUUUCCGGAAUUCAGCGCUGGGAGACCUUCCAACCUCGCCGACCUCUGGGCCAUGCAAUGUAGGGAUUUUGAAGAAACAACGAUCGUCGCCGCCAUCACCUGGAAUAUCUGGAAGAGAAGAAACGCCAGGACUUUCAAUGGCGUGGACGAGGACAUGCGUCUUGUCUCCCAUAGGCUGGCGUAA